UUUCCCGGCUGUGGGUAUCCUUUCCAAUUUCCUCUUUUGAGGAGUUUGAAGUGCUUAUAAAUACCCUAUCUGAGUCUGAGAGCACACGAGACAAUCUCCAUCUCCUUUGGCUUUGCCUUUCUGCAGUGCUCCCUGUCAGGUUUGGCCAGGAACCAUGAGGCUCUGGGUCUGCAUCGCGUUGCUCUCCAUUGUUCUGUGUGCAAGUGCUGAGAGACCAGCACUGCUCCGAGCUGGACAAUUUGUCUGGGAUGCUUUUGGAGGGGCGCGGGAUAUGUACAGAGCAUACCGGGACAUGCGCGAGGCAAAUUACAAAGGUGCCGACAAGUAUUUCCAUGCCCGUGGGAAUUAUGACGCUGCCCGGAGAGGACCUGGUGGUGCUUGGGCAGCGAGGGUGAUCAGCGACGCCCGGGAGAACUGGCAGAGCGGCGUGAGCGGCAGAGGCGACGAGGACACCCGGGCGGACCAGGAGGCGAACGAGUGGGGCCGCAGCGGCGGGGACCCGAACCGCUACCGGCCCGCGGGUCUGCCCAGCAAGUACUAGCGCUGUACUCUGCUCCUGUCACACCGCUCUUUGUACAGCCCAAUAAAGAAAUCCUCCUGAGAACUGUU